ACCAACUAUUCCAUGUUAUAUUUACGUUAUUUAUCAUUUUUUUGAUAUACUCAUGUAAAACGUCCGAAUUGAUGUUGUUACAUACAAGGGCGAACGCUAGAUGAUGUUGUAGAAUAUGUUUCGUCUUUUAAUAUAGAUAGCGCUUUUGGAUUUCCACAGAAACUAUAGUUUUUUCGGAAUUGUCCAUUGUUAUGCGUUAAGACUCCUAUAUUUAGGGAUAAUAUAGAUCUUUAACUUCGACAAUAGAAUCCUAAUAUUACAACCGAGGGACAUUUUAAAGUCAGAAUAUUUUGGGAUGUAUGAUAGCAUUUAGUGGCUUUCGUUGGCUUGUUUCGCCAAAAUUAGCACUAACUCUCGUUUUAAUGCUUUCGACCAUCAAUGUACACUUUUUGAAUGCGAUUUUACACUGCAAUGGGAGAAUUAUAACUGGAAAAUACGAUAACAAAGCGUUCAUCAUUCCAAACACAUCACAGAAUUCCAUUUAUAUUUCUAGGUCACCUCAACGCAAAUUUUAUACACAUGGAGCAUUAAAGAAUGCGACUUUAGGGCAAAAUUCAGUGGCGAAAAGUGAAGGUUCUUUGUUAUCUAAGAUAUGGUCAUCAAUAAAAUCUGUUUUUUUAAAGAAGUCAAAGAAUAUAAAGUCUGUAAAUUUUCAGAAAAAACAUUUCUUUGGGAGCACAAUCCCAGAAGGUUCAUCUUCAGGAUCCUCUUCAUAUUUCAAAUCUAUGCCAACACAGAAUCUAUCGGAUAAUAUAAUACACCAGAAUUUUAGGAAUGAUAACACGACACUCCUACAAACUCUCCCAGCUGAAUCACCCUACGAAAAUUUGGUACGUUUUACCCCGUCGGAAAUCCUUGCAAAAUUCAUGGAUUUGGCAUCUCCAAGGGUUAAAGACGCUGUGAGAACAAUAGUUGGGUCUUUAGUAGGGUCAUUUUAUAGAUAUAGUAUAGAAACAACACUGAUUACAACAACAGACAGAUUGGCUUCGUUGAUUUACAAUUUACAAAUGACAGGAUAUAUGCUUUGUAAUGCGGAAUUUCGAUAUUCUUUGUCACAACACUUUGCACCUAAAAAGAAAGAUUUAGACAGGGAUGAUUCAGUAGCAGAUAGUCCUCAGAAGAUGAGCGGUUCCAAGACCUCACAAAUAAAUGUAGUUUCAAGCAGACCAGACAAUAAUACCGUGGCAAUUCCUUCAGGUUUAGAAAAUAAUGAGGGGGAUUUGUUAUCUUAUAUCAGGAAGCUUCCUGAGGAACAUGCCAAUGGACUUUUUGAUUAUUUAACAACGGAUGUGAUAGAUGCUAUGAAGGCUUCUGCCGAUACAGCUAUUGAAACUUUGACAGCUGGUGUAGUGACUUCUGCUCCAAUGAAUCCUCAAAGUUCUAGAAUGAUAGUUCAACAAACUGGAACAUCUGCUAUGCAACUCUGUUUCUGGCAGCUAGCGCUGGGAUAUUGUUUUCGUGAUCUUGAAGCCAAGAUUGAACUAAAUGAAGCUCUGAAUAGAAAAUAA